AUGACAACAUUAAGUACGGUCGUAGAUUCGAAAUUUUCGAGUAUUAUGAUAGAGCAAUUACAACGCAAACAUAUUUCUACUGUUAUACAAUUUAUAGAUGAAGAUAAUGAAAAAUUGGCGACUUUUACAGGAUUAUCGUUAAAGGACAUACUUGAAAUCAAACAAAAUAUUCUAAAAAAGUAUGGAACUACAGUAAAAAAUGCUUUUCAUUUAUUUGAAAUAGAACAAAAUAAUAUAGUACCUACUAAUUUAUCAAGUUUAGAUAAUUUAUUAAAAGGUGGUUUAUAUUAUGGUCAAAUAUAUGAAAUAUGUGGUAUAUCUUCAAGUGGAAAAACACAAUUAUGCUUUGCAAUUGCAACUAACAUUGCACUUAAACCUAAUAAUCUUGUACGAUAUAUUGAUACAAAAAGAGAUUUUUGUGGUUCAAGAAUAGAACAAAUUUUAUUAAAAAAAAAUUGUAGUAAACAGGUUAUAAGUGAAACUAUGGAACGUAUCAAGGUAUGUUGUGUAUAUAAUAUACAUCAAUUAUUCAAAAUUUUACAUUGGUUAACUGUUGCUCUAAAAGAAGAAAGUGAAGAAUGUCGUACGAGGAUUGUAAUUAUUGAUUCUUUACCAGCAAUAAUUUUUAAAUACUCUAAAAGUCAUAAAACUACAAUUACACUAAAUCAUUUAGCAAAUAUAUGUCACUUUAUUGCAGAAGAAUUUCGUUUAUCAAUAAUUAGUGUUAAUUUAAUUACUCAAUGGACUACUACUGUUAAUGAAGAAGAAACUAGCACAUGCUCAAAUAAAAAGUGCAGUGAUGUAAUUCCUACUUUAGGAAAAUAUUGGUCUCAUGUUCCUAAUACACGAUUGUUAUUAGAAAAAGUGGAACUUCAGAAUAGAAAAAUUUCAAUUUGGAAUAGUUUCCAAUUAGAAGCAAAUCUUUCAUGUAUUUUAACUAUAAAUGAUUCUGGUGUUGCAUGUUCUUAA